AAAAGGUGAGAGUCACACUCAAAAGGUGAGAGUCACACUCAAAAGGUGAGAGUCACACUCAAAAGGUGAGAGUCACACUCAAUCAAAGAUAGAGUGCUACUUUUGCAGCCCCACAACUUUAUCUGAUCAGACAUUGAAAUGUCCUGCUGAUGACAGUCCGGUGUAAUUGUUAGAGAUGGAUUCUCAGUGCAACCAGCAGCCAACUGACCCCGACAAAGAACAAACUGAACUGGACAUGGCCUUCACCGAAGAUGGCUCUAACAGCGAACAGUUAAAACUGCAAUCUGGCCAAAGUAACCUUGACCCGAAAUUUCCGGAAAGUGUCCGGUGUGAUCAAAGUAUUAGUUCAAAAGUUCAGCAAAACCAAAAUGAGACCAGUUCAAAAUCUGAUCCAAGUUUAUGUGACAAUGUGACAGCAUUGACCAGUUCAAAAUCUCAUCCGCUUUUAUGUGACAAUGUGGCAACAGUUAGCAUUUCAACAUCAAACCCCAUAUCAGCAUCAGCGGCCCCGGGCAGUGUGACGUCAUCGACCUUUCACGAGUCCACUAACAUCAGGACGGAUAAAUCAAAGGGGAGACCACCUCAAAAUUCCAGAUUGGAAACCUUGUGCGGGAACAUCGUUCGGGAGAUGAUUUUUGUUUCAAAUUUUCAAAAACCACGCCAACCCAGCUCAUCUCAACGAAACAUUCCCAAACUUGUCGACAUUUGCUACGACCGCAUCCACGGCGCUAUCCACGACCCUGACAAAGAUCUAGCACGGCUGAUUAAACGAGAUCCCAAAAUGUCUCAGCGCGCUCGAGACAGACUUCUGCAGCCCAAUCCCGCAGACUUCCCCAAACUGAAAGACAUCUGUUCCAAGCGAUUGCUCGGCGACAUCCUAUUUUUGGACUCUAGCGUCCCGAUCCUCUACAAUCGGAAACAAAUACAACAGGUGUACUCAGCCCUGGUUGGACCGCACCCUCCCGAU